GUUAGUAUCAGUGAUAGAGACGAUAUACAGAGCGUUUGAGAAACUGAAGAGAUGGUUUCUGUGGCAAUGCGCAGCUACGUUUAACCUCACUGGCGCUAGUUAUAACACAACGAUUUUUAAUGUGUUUAUCGCUUUCUCCUCGUCAUUCUUGUUUGUUUACGGAAGCAAACCAAUGUAUGGCUUGCUCACCAAUAAUCUGUGACAUUUACAUUUUUAAUAACAAGUAUAUUUCAAUGGAGAAAUAUUGUUUACCUUAAGCUGAAAAUUAUCAUGAUAGCAAAAAAAAGAAGAAGAUAAGAUACAGUAAUAUUAUUUGUUAGAAAAAAAUUACGUAUUUGUUGUUUUACUGAUGAACACUUGCCGUUAAGUGUGUCGUUUAUGUUACAUGAAAUACAAGAACAUUAAGUGACUUCCAUGAGCGUAAAAAGUGACACAGAUACCACAUUUGAGUGAUGUCAUCACUUUCACUCUCACGGAAAGAACGGAAGCAUGUUUCCGCUUCUCCUGGAGUGGAUGCGUAAGAUGAGCUUGUUCCACGACAUCAAACUGAAGCGUCGUAAAGUAGAUUCAAGAUGCAGCAGUGACGGUGAAAUAAAUCCUGAUCCUAGCAACUCUUCAUCCGACAGUGCAGCCACUCUCGAGCCUGUCUUGAAGGACGGAGAACUGAGCCACCUUACCAGUGAUUUCUCUUUAGGAUCAGAUGAAGGAGUUGAAACGUCGUCGAUUACCCAUUCCGAAGGUCUUGACAGAAAGUCUCCUAUUGAACAACCUGACACAAGUAUGCUGGAAAAUAAAGAACAAGAGUCCAUGAAAGAAUCACCAACGCAAAGUUCACACUCCUCCAUCCAACGAACGAUCAGUUCUGAGAUGGAUGGAGCAAGAGAAACGUCGACAACUAGUGCCCAACGAACACAAGGCACUAAUAUUUUCGGUUGUGGAGGAGUUGAUGAUAGAACAAUAGAAAGUACUGAAUUUCAACGUGAAGGACAAAGAGAAUCUGUGAUGGAACGGGGUUUAGAUUUAAGCACACCAAUAAGACAAAGAGGAUUCAUGGAAGAGCUUCCUCACCUGAAUCCUCAUCUAUGGGCACCAUCUAGUGCCCAAGCCUACAGGCAUCAUUUUAUUGCCAAUGAGGAGCAGCCUCAGGAAGAACAGCAUGGCUUAUCUUUGUUAAGAGUAGCGUCGCAGUACAAAAUGCCAUUACUAAUGGGAGAUAUUCCAGGCUCUGGUCCCGGCAAAACAAUGAUCUGGACUGGUCAGAGUCCAUCUCAGGGGCUUCAAGAAUGUCAAUCUGACCACACAGACCCUACGGGCACGUUAAGUAGCGAAACUGAUUUAAGUCAUCGGCAUAGCGUGUCUAUUAUGGAAAGGACAGGGUUUUUAGGUGGUCCAUUUUCCUCACGAUCCCAACCACUUUCCGUGUACACUUCGACACCUACAUCUUCCAUAACUUCCAGUGUGACAUCUAUUGGCCAAUUCGGGAUUAGUACUGGUUCAAAUAAUGAGUUUCCUAUUAAAGGGAGCUAUCCUUCUUCCACUCUUCAUUACGGGGCAAAUGUGCAAAGGAUACAGUUUACAUCAGCAUCAACUCAUACUCCAAGGGAGGAUCAGCUCCCUCAGUUUCGUAGUCGGAGCAGCAGCUUAGUAAGCACUAGCACAGCAUCUUGGCAACCAGAACCACCAGGCCCUCCGUCUCCUACACAAUUACCAGACUCUCAGGCUUUAAAUCUUAGUGUAUCAUAUAACCGCAAAGAGGAGUCUACUACCAUGGCAGCGACUCCAUCUACAUCUCGUGGUCCUGAAGGCGAGGAGGAGGAAGAGGAUAACCCAAUGGUGUGUAUGAUUUGUGAGGAUAAAGCCACGGGUCUUCACUAUGGCAUUAUAACUUGUGAAGGGUGUAAAGGGUUCUUCAAGCGCACAGUGCAGAACAAAAGAGUUUACACGUGUGUUGCAGAUGGCAGUUGUGAAAUCACCAAAGCCCAAAGAAACAGAUGUCAGUAUUGUCGUUUCCAAAAAUGUCUUAGGCAGGGCAUGGUUCUAGCAGCUGUUCGAGAAGACAGGAUGCCAGGUGGAAGAAACUCUGGGGCUGUGUACAACCUCUAUAAGGUGAAAUAUAAGAAAAACAAGAAAGGGCAGAAAAACGGUCAAGUUCGACAAGAGCAACAAAAAACACCAAAUCGUUACGUCCAACAAGAGUGGGCGAACGGUCAGAUCCUCAAAACCGCUCUCACUAACCCGGCGGACGUUAUGCAUUUACGUCAUCAUCUUGAAAAUUGUGUCUCCAGUUCUCGUGAUCGCCAGAUGCCGAUUGAGCAAGCAGCGGGAAUGAUAACUCAACUGAUUGAAUGCGACGAUUUUGAAGAUGUUGCUACGCUCAGCAACCUACAAGAUUUAUUAAGUAUCAAAUAUGAACUAUCAGAAAAGCUUUGUCAAAUAGGAGACAACAUAGUGUUCAAAUUAGUGCAGUGGACUAAACGAUUGCCUUUCUAUUCUGAACUUCCUGUAACAGUUCACACUCAAUUGCUGACCCACAAGUGGCACGAGCUUUUAGUGCUGACUACGUGCGCUUACCAAGCUAUCCACGGACCAGUGAAAAGUUCUGAGACAAGUCUGGACCAGGAGAUAGCAGCAGGUCUUUGUCGGCUUCAAAGCUGUCUGGCUGCUAUGAUGGGACGGUCAAUUACACUUGAACAGCUACGAUUAGAAGCUGGUCCUCUUGUGGACCGUCUUAUACAACUUGGUUCUGCAUUCCGUCGAAUGAAAUUGUGUGUUGAAGAAUACGUCUGUCUCAAGGUUAUCAUCAUGCUAAAUCAAGAAGAGUACCAAGGUCAACGGGAACUUGAGACAAUUCAGGAGCGUUAUCUAACAACCCUUCGAGUCUUCAUUGAACAUCGUUUUCAUCACCAACCAAAUCGAUUUAAUGACCUAUUAGCUUGUCUACCAGAAGUCCAUGCAGCUGCUGGGCUCUUGCUCCAGAGUAAGAUGUUUUACGUACCAUUUGUACUUAAUACCAGCAUCAGCAGAUAGCGACGGAACUCGUAAAUAUAUGUGGUCUUACAAUUGUGCAUACAUAAACGCCCUUAUCAAUAGACAGGAGAACCUCAAACCAUCGUCAUCACACUUGUAAAGUGUCCAGUAGAGACGAGGUGGAGGAAUCAAUAGAUAGGAGAACCUCAAACCAUCGUCAUCACACUUGUAAAGUGUCCAGUAGAGACGGGGUGGAGGAAUCAAUAGAUAGGAGAACCUCAAGCCAUCGUCAUCACACUUGUAAAGUGUCCAGUAGAGACGGGGUGGAGGAAUCAAUAGACAGGAGAACCUCAAACCAUCGUUAUCACACUUGUAAAGUGUCCAGUAGAGACGGGGUGGAGGAAUCAAUAGACAGGAGAACCUCAAACCAUCGUUAUCACACCUGUAAAGUGUCCAGUAGAGACGGGGUGGAGGAGGAGGAGGACUCCCUCCGACUAGUCAGUUUUUGGGUUAGCCGGUUACACCAGGACGGAAUCAACAUCAUGUCAUAUUGACCAUAUGGGAGAGGUCAGUUUCUGUCUGGUUCUGUGCAAUAAUUCGUGCAAGCAAGAAAUUUGUUAAGUUCCUGAAAAACAGAGAAUGAAAUCUGACUAAAUAGAAUUUCUAAGCUCAGUUUAUAAAACAAAGAUAUACCUUUCCCAUGUUUGAAUGUUUUCUCGUUUAUCCUUUAAUGUUUAGGAUAAUGUGAACUCUUAAAUGUAAUUAGGUGCGUGUCACUGAAAGUUUGGCAUGUUUCACAAAAGUUGUGUUUUCAUUUGAUGAUAAUUAACACAAAAAAUAAAAACACAGAAGAAAAGCGUAUUAGUUGUGCCUCUUAUAACGCAAAGAAAGAAAUUCUCACAGUAUUUCGAAGCUAUAUAAUGUUUAUCGAAAAUAAUAUCGAUAUGUCUAAUCAAUCGUUCAUUUUUUAAAGCAGUGGUUUGGAAUAUUUAAGUUCAAAAAGGUCAACGAGUGCAAUUAAAGGUGGUAUUUACUAUAUUUCAAGACAAGAGAGCGAGGUUUUCUCUUUCACGUUUUCCUUUUAUUCAAUUCUCAAGCUUUCGGUCACAGUUUCAGCAACUGCCUUCAGGACCAGAAAGCUCAUAAACUUAUUUGCUUUUCUCCUAAUGUGGUUUAUUUACCCUCAUAAAAGUGGGGCAAACUAUUUGUUGUUGUUGUUGUUGUUUUAAUUGAGGACCGAUAAAAAUUAUACCUACUUCUAAUGGAGUGUUUCUAAAGUCUUGUGGUCAUGCUCCUCGAGAUCAUUGAUAUGUACAGAAGCACCAGUUAAAUUAAUUAAGUAAUGUAAGUCCUAUUUUUAAGAGUUGUUUUAUGAACAUUGGAGAUUUGCGAAUUAUAUUCGUAGAUUCAACAGAUACUUUUAGUUCUUUUUUUUAUCAUCGUU